CCGCUCUCCUAGGUGCUCCGCGCGGUCCUGGCGCCCGCAAGAUUCCGGAGGCUUUUCUUUUUUUUCUUUUUCUUUUUUUUUGCUUGGGACAGUGGGAACUGAAGGGAAAGGGACUCCAAGGCUGCAGAGAACACUGGCCUGGCCAGAGUUCCACGGGGGCUGUCCUUUUUUGUAGACGCUCCUCCUGCGCGACAGGCCGAGAGCCAGGCAAGGCUGCCUUGCGAGCCCCGGAAGGCUUCCUGGAGGUGGUGACUUCAAGCAGCGCCUUGAAAGGCAGAUGCUGUGGUUCACCGAGCGCCUUCUAAGUCUCGGGACUUUUCGGAGCCUUGCAGCCUAGGGCAGUGGAGUUGGGCCAAAGCUUUCGGAGAGUCCCCUAAGAGAGUGCCUGCUAACACUGUGAUGCUAAUGCUAAGCACAGCAGGCUGCAGGACCCCUGGGACCCCGUGACGUGACACGCUGGUGCUGUGGUCCCGGUCCCAGACUUGGCAUCACAGCCUGGGGCAGGAGCUGCGCGCCCCACUGAGAUCCGCCCGGGAAAGGGCGUCCCCUCUCCUCCCCGGCCCGUCCGGCGGGGGCGUCGCGGACUACACCUCCCAGCAUGCUCCGCAGGCCGCCGGGCAGCGAGGCGCGGUGAGUCAGAGCGCACAGUAAAUAUUUGUAUUAGCCGGGGCCGGCUCGCUAAUGGUGGACGCGUGAGGCGAGGCGCGAGCGCGCAGGGAGGCCGGAGCGGGCUGCGCGGCGGCGCCAUGUCCGUGAACAUGGACGAGCUCAAGCACCAGGUGAUGAUCAACCAGUUCGUGCUGACGGCCGGCUGUGCGGCCGACCAGGCGAAGCAACUGCUGCAGGCGGCCCACUGGCAGUUCGAGACAGCCCUCAGCGCCUUUUUCCAGGAGACCAACAUCCCCUACAGCCACCACCACCAGAUGAUGUGCACUCCCGCCAACACCCCUGCCACGCCCCCCAACUUCCCUGACGCCCUCACCAUGUUCUCCCGUCUCAAGGCCUCUGAAAGCUUCCAUGGUGGUGGCAGCAGCGGCAGCCCAAUGGCCACGUCGGCCACGUCACCCCCACCGCACUUCCCCCACGCCACUGGCAGCUUUGCGACACCCGGCUGGCCAACUGCAGCCUCGCCCCCCGGAGGCCCACAGCACCACCAGCCGCAGCCGCCCCUGUGGACUCCGGCACCCCCUUCCCCGGCUUCAGACUGGCCUCCUCUGGCCCCCCAACAGGCCACCUCAGAACCAAGGGCCCACCCUGCCAUGGAGGCAGAGAGAUAAGGGAGGCCCCUCCCCCCUCCCGGAGGCCAGGGCCCCGUGGGGUGGGGGAGAGGAUGUCUCUGUGGGCCCCUUCACCCUUCCUCUGCCUGCACCCACACACCCCAGAGCCCUGGAGGGGAGAGACUGGACUCUAGCCAGGCAGUCUUGUGCCAGCAUGCACAGCUGCACGCACGCAAGUUCACAGCGCAGGCACCCCAGCUCGCAUGGAUUUGAUUCAAAAGUGGCUUGGGUGCCUGGUGGGCAGCGCCUUGGAGACCAAGCAGCCAUCCCAGUGAAGACUCACCUGCCUGGCCCCACCACCUGGAGUGUUUCAGAGAAUCACUUGGUGGAGGAGAUGUGGCUGACUCCUGUCUUGGGGCCAAUAGGCCUAGAUCCCCACCCUUGGGAAUGCAGAGCCUUCUCCGCAUGUGUGCGUGUAGCUGUGUCUAUGUACUUAAACGUAUGUCGCUCUUCAAAAGCAACCUAGUUUAUGGGGCAGCUGGACUUUGCAUGUUAGAGUGAGCCCCAAGCCCGUUGGCCCGACAUCCCCUCUUCCCAAGGGCCCUGCCUCACUCCACCUCCUUAUCUGCCAGCAUUGCUGUUUCCUGCAAAGGAUUAUGGGAAACUCCAGGACUCUUCUACCCAUCCCCCAGCGCCUGCCUGCUGGGAUUCCCUGCAUGCCUCUUCCCCAGAGCCCAGGGGUACCUGAUCUUCAUUUCCUAUCCCCCUUUUAACAAAAGAGAAAAGAAUUCCAACCUAC